AUGAGUCGCAUCAACGGGAAUCAUAGUAAUAAUAAUAAUAAUAAUCGUGCUUUCUCACUACCCCCAGAGAACAUCAAUUCAAAAACACAUUAUAUCCCAGUGAAGGCAACGAAUAUCAAUCCUCAACAGCAUAGUAGGACACCGGGCGGUGGAAAUAAUGAAAGGGAUCAGCGGAAUAUUAGAGCCAGACAGUCAAAUAAUAAUAAUAAUAACAACAAGAACUACUCAUCACUCGACUGGGAUGAGAAACACGAUCGUACAGACAGUGAAACAAUGCUUCAAGAAACCCUGAAUAAUUUCGAUAAUAUAACUCGACAAUUUAUGUGUCAUUCGCCUAGUUUAAGCAGUUUGAAUACCGAUGAAGACAGUGGAUAUGUUCGUACACCGUUUGGAAAUCGUCAGUUAGCAGAUUCAGCGAAUUCUGUUUUCAAUUCUGGGCAUACAGCAUCAGAAGAUUCCGUUGGUGGAAGUUCUAGUAAUAAAGAUGAAUUUAUACUGGUUAUGAUUGAAGACCUGGUUGACUGGUUCACAAAAAUGUAUCCAAAUAUGGCGGCUGGUUUGAAUUCAGAUAAUUUCUUUGAUCGUCUGUCUGAUGGUGUCCUGCUGUGUCAUUAUGCUACGGAGUUACAUAAUCGGUUAGCUGCAGAAUCAGGUAAUACACUUCGAAAUAGUAGACCUAUUAAGUUGGCCAAUUUUCGUGUCGGUGGUGUUCAGGCGAUCCUUCCAGCUGCUAGCCCAGUCUAUCAAACACGUGGAUUGAACUCAUCCAACGCUGCAGUUAGUUUUAUUUCACGUGAUAACGUCUCAAAUUUUAUUCGUUGGUGUCGUCAACUUGGUAUGCGUGAUUCUACACUGUUUGAAAGUGAAGAUUUAGUCUGCCGUAAGAAUCCACGUAAUGUUGUUGUCUGUCUUCUGGAGUUGGCGCGUCUUGGUGGUCGAGUCGGUAUGUCUAUCCCAGAGAUUGUUCAGCUAGAAGUGGAAAUUGAUGAACAACUGGCACGAGAGAAUUUAUCUAAGGAGUCUUUCAAUCGAUUAGCAGAGGAAUAUUCAUUAUCAGAUCGAAAGACCAAUGGGGAUGAGAAAAAUAAAUCAAUAAAUCCUGGCCAACUGGACAGACAUAACCGUGAAAAAAAUAUCGAUUUAACUGCUGAGAAUAAUAAUAAUAACAAUAAUAUAAUAAUAAUACAACAACAGCAGAAUAGACAACUGUCAAAGAGUAGAGUCAAUCAAGCACAAAAUUCAAGUCAAAAACAAACAAAAGAUACACAAGAGGAUAAAAAACAGAGACAGGAAAUUCAACGGCCAGCUGUUGAUUUUCGUUCUUUAGAUGAAUUGGUAAGAGAAUUACUCUCUCAAUGUACUUGUAAACAAACUUUUCCAAUGACACGUAUUGGUGAAGGACGUUAUCUGUUCGGUGAUAAAAGUACACAAAUAUUUGUUCGCAUUUUAAGAAAUCAUGUUAUGGUGAGAGUCGGUGGUGGUUGGGAUACACUGAGUCAUUUCCUUUCAAAAUACGAUGAAUGUCGUAAAGUGAAUCCAGUUACAUCCUCCAAAAUUCCACCAUCUACUCAAAAUGGCAAUUGUCCUCAAGUCGAUACAAAAGACAAGAAUAAUCUGAUCAAAGCAGUCAAAGAUUCAAAAUACAUGGGAAAAUAUCUUUCAAAUGGUGAACUGAAUAAAGAUUUCGUUGAAGGCCGACUCAAUGCUGUAAAGAAGCGAACAUCAGCAGUACAAGAAGAUAACAACAAUAAUACCUCGGAACGUCAAGUAGAAAAACGUCAACUGACGCCUGGAAGGCAUAACAGUGAAUAUCGUAAUGAAUAUAAAAAGUGUACAAUGGAUUAUUCUACACCGAAAAAGGAGACAGGAAUUCUGAGUAAAUCAAAAUUCUUCUCAGAGAUCAAUCUAGCCACGCUGAACGAUGAUGAAAUCAGUUGUUCAUCACAUCUACCUCGAUAUAAAAUCACCGGUGGAUUUACGCAUAAUAAUAAUAAUGUCGACAAUAAUAAGAACUCUACUCCUCCUGAUGAUGAUGAUGAUGAUAAUGGUGAUGUCUACACUAGAGACAACAAUCGGAUGAGAAAUGCAGACAGAGCAAAUAUGAAUGACAUACAAUCGAUAUGGCAUAUGAAUGAAGAUAAAAGUUCGAAUAACCUUCAUUCAUCCAGCGAAAAAUUGUGUACUAGCACACCGCUGAAACAAAAGUUUGGCAUUACAAUUAUAAGACCUUCAGUAAUGCGGGAACAGGAGGAGCGGGAGCAACAGAAGACGAAUUAUGCAAAUAGAUUAUAUUCACCAAAAGACGCUUAUUACAUACACAGUCCACGAAUGUGGACUAAUAAUACUGAUAGCAGUAACGAUUAUUAUCCUGUACAAAGAGGCUUGAGUAAUGCGCUUAUAAGUCAAGAUUUUUCUAAAUCUCUAACCUCAUUAAAUACAAUGAUCCCGAAACAAUCCACAAACCGGCGAAGCUCAAAACCACUUGAACAAGUCUCUGUAUUAACAAUAACGGAUACUAUCGAUGAUGAGUUGCAUAAAAGUCAUCCUCAUCCUUACGGUGGAUUACACCAGUCAUCGGCUACUUCAAGAAAGUAUUCAGCACUGACGAGAAGCACACUGAUUACAGCUGAUUAUCCUAUGAAGGGGAAGAAAUCUGCCCUACAAAACUCAAAAGCAUCUAAUAGUAAUAAUAAUACCACUGCUAGUAAUCAGAGUAAAAGUCAAACAAAACGAGGCAAAUUCAGUAGUGUUUUCAGUCCUAAGACACCACCGCCUAUUCGAGCAUCGAAAACCGGUAAAGCAGUGUCCAGUUCCACAUCAACCAAACACAUUGAUCCUCAAUCUGAUUAUAAACCAGUACAAAUUGUUUACAAUUCAGAGGAGAAUGAAAACUAUGAUAGAUUUGAUAAUGUUGAUGACAUGAUGAUGAAUAGAAGGCAUCAUCUAAUGACUAGUGCUGGUCGAUAUAGUGACAACAGUAACAAAGAUCAUAAUGGUCAGAUCAUUUCUAUGGAGAGCCAAUCAAGACGUGGAUCAUUGAUCCCUGUAUCGACAAGAUCUUAUUCUACUUCAAGGAUUCCAGUGAGACAACACUAA